AUGGUUAGAGCAUUAAAGCAUCAUGAACAGAAGCUUUUGAAAAAAGUCGAUUUCCUUGAUUGGAAACAAGACCAGGGACAUCGUGAUACCCAGGUAAUGCGAACGUACCAUAUACAGAAUAGAGAAGAUUAUCAUAAAUAUAAUAAAAUCUGUGGUGAUAUACGAAAGCUUGCAAAUAAAUUAUCAACAUUGAAACCCACUGAUCCCUUUAGGAUUAAGCAUGAACAGCUCUUAUUGGAAAAAUUAUACAAUAUGGGAGUGCUAGCGACAAAAUCAAAGAUUAGUGAUUUAGAGAAUAAGGUGACAGUAAGUGCCCUUUGUCGAAGGCGAAUUGGUUCCGUGAUGUGUAGGCUCAAAAUGGCCGAAUCUCUAAGCGACGCAGUCAAGUUUGUUGAACAAGGGCAUGUCCGAGUAGGACCCAACGUUAUUACUGACCCUGCGUAUUUGGUUACUCGAAAUUUGGAAGAUUACUUGACCUGGGUUGAUAGUUCAAAGAUUAAGAGGAACUUGCUCAAAUAUAGGAAUAAGAUUGAUGACUAUGAAUUGGCAUGA